AUGAUACGCGACUUUUUGACUGAAGAAGCUUUGGAAGCUACUCAAAAAAAUAUAAGAAAAAUUCGAUUAUUUCACACUCGAAAAGCAAAUAGGAUACAUACGAAUCUAGACCUUAUCAAAUCCUUAUUACUUAAUUCCGAUCAGUCAGUUUCAAAGCAUCGUAAAACUGCUUUUAAACAAUUUCAUGCUAAUUUGACUGAUAUUAAAGAAUUUCUGGCAGAUGAUGCAGCUCCAUCUUCUACACAAUCUGACCUUAAUAUUUUUUUGGAAGAUUUGGAAUUGAGUAGUAGUAACGAUUCAGAUGCCAGUGAGUAA